CUGAUCCAUACAGCGCAGAGAAGGAUAAAUACUACACACCAAUCCCACCGCGUCGUCGCCCUUCAGCCAACAAACAGCCAAAGAUCACUACAACCAUCUCACUCUUCCAGAGUACUGCAUCACACCAACCACCAAAAUGUUCCUCCCUCCCAAACACAUCGUCCCCCUCCUCCUGACCACACUCACAACCCUAACCACCGCCUCCCCCGAGCAAAAGCCGGCUUACCGAAUCACCUCCCCCGCGGACUCCGCGAUCCUAACCCCCAACACCCCCAGCGUGAUCGCCUGGACCACCACGCAACGCACCUCAGCCAAACUCUCCAUCCACCUCGAAACCACCACCAACCACACCAACCUCUACACCAUCGCCACCAACAUCACCAAUUCAGGGUCUAUCUCCUGGUCUCCACCAGCCCGCAUCCCGCCAGGCGAGGAGUACAUCAUCGUCCUCGACCCAACCACUUCCCCGGACAACACCACCACCACCACCACCUCUCCAUCUACCUCAAAUCUCACCCCAGAAGAAGAAGAAACCUACAAAUCCCCCCCCUUCACCAUCACCGCCCCCAAAUCCCCACCCAACAACUCCACCUCCACAGCAACAACCAACGCCACCACCGCAGAAGAACCAACCUACUACCCGACCGAAAACCAAGCCAUCGCCCGCGGCACAACCACCAUCGUGACGUGGCCCGUCGCGCCGGACCGGAAAUCCGGGCACGUGAGCGUCUACCUCACGGAGGGGCAGUCGGAGUCCACCGCCACGAAUGUGUCGACGGUGGCCACGCACGUCGCCAACUCGGGGAGUCUGGCGUGCGUGCUGCCGGGGAAUCUGACGCUGGCGGAGGAUUACCGGUUUGCGGUGAUGGGGGCGCAGGGUGGCGAGGAUGUGCGGUAUUCGGCGGUGUUUCGGGUGGUGGAUGGGGAUGAGGAGGAGAAUAGUGAUGGGAGGGAGGACGGGGACGAAGGUGAGGAGAAUGAGGAUGAGGAUGAGGAUGAUGAUGGGGUGAAGGAUGUGCAGGAGAAGGAUGAGGAGGAUGAGGGGAAUGAGGCUCAUGCUGCGGAGACGAGUGCUACGUCUACGGAGAGUGGGCUCGCCACUGGUUCGACGGGGGCGUUGAAGUCGGAUUCGACGUGGAUUGCGACUGCGGGGGGAUCCAGGGUGGUGAGGACUGGGGGAUGGGUUGCGCUUGGGAUGGCGGGUGUUUCGUUGCUUCUUUAG